AUGGUAUCCCACGUCGAUACCAUUCCGGCGGAUCAGCAACCACGGGAACACUCUGUUGUAUCUCAAAAUUGGAUUCCCCAAGUCGAACAAAGUCACUUAGUCGAUGAGCACGUUAUUAAAGCUGAAAAUGAGGACAAAAUGACCCCUUACCUGUUUUUCUUGAUAACUUCGGCCGCCCUUGGUGGAUUCCUAUACGGUUACGACACCGGCGUUGUUGGCGUUGCACUUCCUUAUAUUGGGACCGAUUUUGGUGGUCAUACACUGUCCUACCCUCAACAGGAGAUUGCCACAGCGGCCACCACAAUCGGCUCCAUCUUCGGAGCAGCCAUCUUGGGCAUGUUUGCCGACAGAUGGGGUCGAAAGUUCUGCUUACUGGUAUCGGACUUGUACUUUACUGCCGGUGCUAUUGUCAUCGCAUCGAGCUUCUCUCUCGGCCAGCUCGUCGCUGGUCGUCUUAUCCUUGGCGUCGGAGUGGGUGGGGCGGCUGUUAUAUGCCCACUUUACAUAACUGAGCUGGCUCCCACUGCCGUUCGUGGGCGGUGUGUCGGGAUAAAUGGCUUCUGCAUUCCGUUCGGCCAGACAGUCGCUGUCGCCAUUGGUGCCGGCAUGCAGCACGUCAAGGGCAACUGGCGGAUCCUCUUCGGACUUGGCAUUCUGCCCUCGCUUCUGCAGCUCGCCCUCAUGCAUAAGUUACCGGAGUCGCCCCGCGUUCUUAUCCUUCGUGGCCAGGACGACAAGGCUCGAGAAGUACUUAAGAAAAUCUACAAGUUCGCCUCACCCGAAAUCAUCGAGCUUAAGUUGCGCAUCGUCAAGGAUCACAUUACCGCCACCACAGCUCUGCAACGCUCGACCACCUUCUGGCAACGCUCCAAGAAGCUGUGGACGCACAAGCCGUACCGCCGUUCAAUUUUCGCCGUCAGCCUUAUCCAGGUUUUUGGUCAAUUCACCGGAUACAACACCCUUCUCUACUACGCUGGCACGCUGUUCGGGCUACUAGGCCUUUCCAAUCCGUCUGUUGGCGGUUUGAUCCCUUCGAUCACCAACACUUUCUUCCUUCUUUGCGGCAUGGUCAUGGUGGAUCGGAUCGGUCGCCGUGGGCUGCUGAUGAGAUUCGGUCCCAUCAUGGCCAUCGGUCUCACAUGGUGUCUCGUCGCUUUCUACUUCAUGUGCAAGCCCACAGGACACGUCCUCGUUGAUGGCUACCCCUAUCCCCAGAAGGACGUCGGCCUGGUCAUCGCCGGAAUUGUCAUCUUUGUCGCCGGCUUUGGCUCCACCUACGCACACCUUUGUUGGUACCAGUCCGAGUACCUCGCUCUCGAGAUUCGUGCGGCGGGCAGUGCUAUCAGCACAACCGCAAGCUUUACAGCAAAUUUGGUGGUCGCCGUGUCCUUCCUCAGCGACGGGACAUACGGUCUAUACCUCUUCUUUAUCAUUAUCGGCCUUGUGCUUGCCUACCUCUGCUAUCCUGAAACUAAGGGCCUAUCGGUCGACGAAGCCUUCACCCUCUUCAACGAUGGCUUCGGUGUCAAAAAAUCAAAGGACAUGCGACGAGAGAAGACUGAAAUGCAAAAAACCUACAACGCCGAGGGUCUUCCUGCGGGUUUAACCGACUUAGUAGACAAAGGAGAAGCCUCCCACAAGGAGAAUGUGGACCCCACCAAAUCUAUUGGAAUCAAAAGUAGUGAAUAA